AUGGAUCUCCAAGCUGCUGGAGAAGCUCGUAAGUUGCAAUUAAAUGAGCUGAAAGAGAUGAGGUUGUUCUCCUAUGAAAAUGCUAAGUUGUACAAGGAGAAAACUAAGAGGUUGCAUGACCAGAAAAUUCAAGCUCGAGUCUUUGAGAAGGGGCAGAAAGUGUUACUCUUCAACUUGCGCUUGAAGUUGUUUCCUGGUAAGUUGAAGUCCCGCUGGUCAGGCCCAUUCACCGUGGUGAAAGUUUACUCCUUUGGAGUAGUUGAAGUUCUAGAAGACCAAUCUGGAAGGGAAUUUAAAGUGUUAACACAUCAAGCAAAUGGUGUUUUGGAAUGUGGUUCAGGUGUUGUUGUACUGCUUUGUUACUCUGGUGCUGCAAUUUUCUAA